AUUUCUAACCGCCUGGCCAUGGCUGCGAUAAAGGCCCUAAACUCCAAGGCUGAGGUGGCGCGGGCGCAGGCAGCCUUGGCCGUUAAUAUAUGCGCCGCCCGAGGGCUGCAGGAUGUGUUGCGGACCAACUUGGGUCCUAAGGGCACCAUGAAAAUGCUCGUUACCGGUGCAGGAGACAUCAAACUCACCAAAGAUGGCAAUGUGCUGCUCCAUGAGAUGCAAAUUCAACACCCAACAGCUUCCUUGAUAGCAAAAGUAGCAACAGCCCAGGAUGACAUAACAGGAGAUGGUACUACUUCAAAUGUUCUGAUUAUCGGAGAGUUACUAAAACAAGCUGAUCUUUACAUUUCUGAGGAUGCUUUUGGUUUUGCAAAAAUAAAGGCACUUGAAGUUUUGGAAGAAGUUAAAAUUAAAAAAGAGAUGAAAAGAGAAAUCCUCUUAGAUGUGGCUAGAACAUCUCUACAAACUAAAGUUCAUCCUGAACUGGCUGAUGUGUUAACAGAGGCUGUGGUGGAUUCUGUUUUGGCUAUUAGAAGACCAGGUUAUCCUAUUGAUCUCUUCAUGAUAGAAAUCAUGGAGAUGAAGCAUAAAUCAGAAACGGAUACAAAGUUGAUCAGAGGAUUAGUUUUGGAUCAUGGUGCCCGUCAUCCAGAUAUGAAGAAGCGAGUAGAAGAUGCAUUUAUCCUUACUUGUAAUGUAUCACUAGAAUAUGAAAAAACAGAGGUGAGCUCUGGUUUCUUUUAUAAGACUGCAGAAGAGAAAGAGAAGUUGGUAAAAGCUGAAAGAAAAUUUAUUGAAGAUAGAGUGCAAAAAAUAAUAGACCUGAAAGACAAAGUCUGUGCUCAGUCUAAUAAAGGAUUUGUUGUCAUUAAUCAAAAGGGAAUUGAUCCACUUUCCUUAGAUGCUCUUGCAAAACACGGCAUAGUAGCUCUUCGCAGAGCAAAAAGAAGAAAUAUGGAAAGACUCUCUCUUGCUUGUGGUGGAAUGGCCGUGAAUUCUUUUGAAGACCUCAGUGUAGAUUGCUUGGGACAUGCUGGUCUUGUACAUGAGUAUACAUUAGGUGAGGAAAAGUUCACUUUUAUCGAGGACUGUGUUAACCCUCUCUCUGUCACCUUGUUGGUUAAAGGACCAAAUAAGCAUACUCUCACACAAAUCAAGGAUGCUGUGAGAGAUGGACUUCGUGCUAUCAAAAAUGCCAUUGAAGAUGGUUGUGUGGUUCCAGGAGCGGGUGCAGUUGAAGUGGCAAUAGCUGAAGCUCUAGAUGCGCACAAGCACAGUAUAAAAGGAAGAGCUCGUCUCGGGGUCCAGGCUUUUGCUGACGCUUUACUCAUUAUCCCUAAGGUUCUUGCUCAGAAUUCUGGUUAUGACCUGCAAGAAACACUAGUAAAAGUUCAGGCUGAGCAUUCAGAAUCAAAACAACCUGUUGGCAUUGAUUUGAAUACAGGUGAGCCAAUGGUAGCAGCAGAUGCAGGCGUUUGGGAUAAUUAUUGUGUGAAAAAACAACUUCUUCACUCUUGCACAGUGAUUGCCACCAACAUUCUCCUGGUUGAUGAAAUUAUGCGAGCUGGUAUGUCUUCUCUCAAAGGGUGAUUGAGUUCAAAAUCAACUCUUCUAGAAGCUGAGGUUUAUCAUAUCUUAUAUCCAACUACCAUUAUAGAGCCUGAGCCAUUCUUAAUUUUACACAAUAAAUGCAGUUUAUAUUUGUUGGUCUUAGA